CGCCUGCAGGACCUGCUUCUCCUUCACUGCACCAUGGGAUGAUCAAUGCUCGUCCACCUGAAGGAUGAUUUUGGGAUCAGCAUUUGUAAGGUAAAAAGGGAGAAGGCAGAAAGAGCUGUCUGUGCUCGGAGAAAAAGAUGGAAGAGAAGGAUGGAGAGGAAAUCUUAAGAGAAAUUUAUGGCCGGUGCCUAAUAAUAAAUAUGGGACUCCCAGGAAAAAGAGAGGUGGUAGAUGCCCCAUCCCUGGAGACAUUCUGUGAAGUUAUCACAGGCAGAAGAAUCUGAGCUGGGCUCUGGAAAUGAAGCGCUGAGCAGGGAGCCCUCACGCCUGCACCUCCACCAGUGGGGCUUGGACUUUGCCUUUUGCAGACAAAAAUUCCAAUUUUUGUGGAGAGCUGGGGGUGGAGGGGAAGAUUGUGCAAAGUGCAGAAAAAAAACCCCUGACAUCAUUAACUCUGAAUAAAUAUAAUGCGCUAAUGCGAGCGUUCUCAUAAAGGUGUCUCAGUGGCUUUGCAGAAGGGCAAGCUCCACGGGGACAUGGCUGCCUUCACCCUCCUCUUCAUCUACGGAGCGGGCGCCUUGCUUUUAUCAGCCAUCCUCUAUGUUUUAAAAGUUUUCAAGGAGUCAGCUUUAAAUUUGCCUCCCGGUCCGUUUCCUCUUCCGAUCAUCGGCAACCUGCAUCUGCUGGACAUCAGGAGACAGGACAAGUCUCUAAUGAAGAUUUCAGAGAAAUAUGGCCCCGUGUUCACCGUCCACCUGGGCUUCCAGAGGGUGGUGGUGUUGACCGGCUACGAGGCGGUAAAGGAUGCCCUUCUGAACACGGCGGAGGUGUUUGUGGACAGACCAGCAAUACCCAUAUUCUACCACAUCCAGCACGGGAACGGUGUGUUCUUUUCUUCUCAAGAACUCUGGAAGACGACACGGCGGUUCACCUUAGCCACCAUGCGGGAUCUCGGCAUGGGGAAGCAUCUUGGAGAAGAAAGGAUGGUUGAGGAGCUUCACUUUCUCACUGAGUCGAUCAAGUCCUUCAAAGGUGGACCUUUCAAAUUACAAUUUUUGAGUAUGGCCCCCACCAACAUCACCUGUGCUAUUCUCUUUGGGAAAAGGUUUGAUUAUGAAGACCCGACGUUUCUCAUGCUGUUGAGACUCAUAGAUGAAGUUAUACGCCUCCUUGGCUCUCCGUUCUUGCAUUUAUUUAAUUUCUACCCAUUCCUUGGAUUUCUCCUCAAACCUCACAAGACAAUACUGAAAAAUGUAGAAGAGAUGUGUGUGGUCUUAAAGAAGUGCAUCCAGGAAAGCAAAGAAAGUCUUAAUAAAGACAACCUGAAGAGCUACAUCGAUGCUUUGGUGUUCAAACAAGAGGAGCAAAAUGAAAGCAAUACGCUUUUUCACGACGCAAAUGUAUUGGCCUCUGCGCUCGACCUGCUCGUGGCUGGCACUGAGACAACGUCCACGACGCUGCAGUGGGCCAUCCUGCUGCUGAUGAAGCACCCUGAGAUCCAAGAAAAGGUGCACGCAGAGAUCGAGCGAGUCCUUGGCCCUGACCGCUUGCCUACCUUCGAGGACCGGAAAAAAAUGCCAUUUACCAACGCGGUGAUCCACGAGGUGCAGAGGUUUGUCACCCUCCUGCCACACGUUCCCCGCUGCACCUCUGCUGACACCCACUUCAGGGGCUACUUCAUCCCCAAGGGAACGAUGGUGAUUCCUCUGCUCACCUCUGUGCUGCUGGAUAAAACGCAGUGGGAGACGCCAGACGAGUUCAACCCCAGCCAUUUCCUUGAUGCGGAUGGAAACUUCGUAAAGAAGAAGGCAUUCCUGCCCUUCUCCAUAGGGCGGAGAAACUGCAUUGGAGAAGGUCUUGCCACGACGGAGCUCUUCGUCUUCUUCACGGGCCUGAUCCAGAAGUUUACUUUCCAGCCCCCAGCUGGGGUGAAAGAAUCGGAGCUGGACACGACUGCGGAGGCCGGGUUCACCAUGAGGCCCCAUCCGCAGUGCGCCUGCGCCGUGCUACGCCAACAGGCCCUCAACUGAGGAAAGACCCACCUCGUCGUUUUGUGCAGGGCCCAGCAGAUGCACAGAGGAGAAGUCAGGUCCCUGUGCAGUAGCCAUAAGUGUCUUCUCACUCAAAGCCUUGCAGGUGCUGGCUAAGUGAUUAAAAUACCUGUUGAACAAGUAUUUUUCAGAGAAGCAGAGGAGGGCUGGUGGGUGAGGUUACCUGGAAAAUUCCAGCCAGAUACGUGACUGGAAAUGACAGGACAGCCACGACUUUACACAUCCAAUAUGCAACGUAAGAAAGUUAUUUUGGCUCUGAGCUUCUGGGAGAAGAUGGUUCUCAAGAGUGGAUCAUUUCUUCACUUGCAGAGUGAUACUAGAUAUGAAUAUUGUGUCUAAUCCCUGCUCCUUUCCCUGCUGCACAUGGGAUAAAUUAUUCCAGAC